AUGUUUGGUGACCGGCAGCCUGCUUGGGUUGGAGCCCGCUGGAGUGCGUGGGAGCAACGCUUCGGCUUUUGCCGUGAGUUUGGGUUCUCCGCAAUUGAGACCCCUAGCUGCAGCUGGGACAAGUCGGGCAUCUGUACCAGCUCUCCCCCUCCUCCCGCUGGCCGUGAGUGCGUGCUUUUCACUGGCAGAGCCUCGGUGGAACGCCCCGCCUCCUCUAUAGCCAAGGGAGAAAGCUCCAGGGAGGUCCACUUACAGGACUCGGUGUAG